CCGAACAUGCAUUGGUGUCUCAUUUGCCUUGACGAAAACUCGUGCCCUCACUUUCGGACCCUCUUUUGGACCACCGCUUCUCCUUUCUGGGGCUGUUACGGGUCGCACGGCAUCAUUAUUGCUGUUGCAACUGAAAUAUGUUAACCUCCGGCGAUGGCUCGUAAUUCUUCACACCUGCGGACUUUUAUCCACAUCUUCUGAUAUUACAAACGUUAUAUUCGCUGCUCGGUCCCUAUCCUCCAUUCGGCACUACUCGAAUGUGAACGUACCCCGCACAUUUAUGUGCGCCGUGUUGCUCCCGAUCACUUUGAUUGUCGGAAUUUGACCUCUGGAAAUGACCGUACUCCUGGCCUGGCAUGGAUGUCAUGUGAUUGCCACUGACUUCGAUUGAAUGAUCCGCACAUAUUCGUUCGAUCUGUUUGCGCUGGUCUCCGGUUGACCUUACAGAUGAAAUGUGACUUUCCGGAUGGAGCUAGUACUUGUAAACGUUGUGCAACCGGAGGACACCCUUGCAUCGUAGAAGGUCGUAAACCUAGGACAGCGCCAAACAAACGAGAGUACCUCCUGGCUCAGAUCCGUCACAAGGAUCAGAUCAUAGAGUCUCUGUUGAAGCAGUUGCACAACCCUUACCUUGCGACACCACUUUCGGUUGCAUCCUACAAAGCAGCUACAUCACCAUCUGACAGUGACAACAUGAAUGUUGUUGAUUGGCUUGAUCGUCUGCAGCGUUUGACGCAUGUCCGUCAACACAGAUUCUGGAAGCAAAUCAAUGUAAGUGUAUGCUUCCCAGGUCAUUUUUGGAACUUGAUGCUUCGCGAUGUGCUGGCCAAUUUGACAAUAUAGAUGAACUCCCGCCAAUGUUUUUUUCACGGCAUGGAAGCCCCUCGGUCCUUCAUAAUGAAUGGUGCACACCCAUAUUCCUCUGCAAAUGCAUUCCUCAUGACGAAAACUCGUUUGUUGUCUAGUUC